CAGCUUCAAGAGAACAGUCCGACUGCUCCAGCCUCUAGCCAACAGUAACAAACAGGGAGCUGCCAGCUCAAGCUUUACUCGACAUCGACCAGAUGAUGGAUCGUGCUGGUCAUCGUCUAUACCACCCAUAUCCACGACCUUACUGGCUACCGUGCCCGGUCGCUCUCACUCUUUCACCCGUCCCCUCUGUAGGCAUAUUACCCAUUUUUUGUGAGACCACAUCAUGAGAGUAGGCCGUUUGAAGCCCACCGCGAGCGCCGGUCGCCCUCCAACGGGUGAGUCCAGCAUCCGGGGAAGAAUAUCAGGGCCAAUCCCAAUACCAGACCCCGUCGACGACGACGAAUUUCCCAUGCGACAGCCCGGGACGGGACUCGCCAUGCCUCUAGGCAGUGAGAGCAGCAGGCCGCAGGUUCCGCCAGAUAGCUCCUCCAGCAUCAAUGUGCAAAAUAACAGUUCACCUCCGCCUAGUGCUGUGCCCGAGGAGAGGCCAGUAUCGGCCGUAACACAACCACAACAGGAGCAACGAGCUGAAGGGCCGAGUCAAGCUUCCCAGACCUCGGCCAGCCUGCCGCGAUGCAACGAUCUCACCAGCGCUUUGCGGUACUCGACGGUGAGUGCUGGGACCGAAACGGACAGAAGCCGCACCGGCCCACAACGCAAAAAGUCGACUCUUCGCGGUGCUCUCACCAAGCUCUUUGGCCGCAAGAAGAAGCGCACAAGCAAUGGUGGAUAUGGCUCGGCAUUGCGUGUUGAGGCUCCGAUUAGUUCUACCGCUGCACAACAUAGGAGUGAUCCGUCUGCUCUGAGCCGAAAUAUGACUAAGGACGCCGAGCCGAAGCGAUCAGCUUCCUUGCCAAUCACCGAGUACGACAGAGCCCUGAGGUCCAAUUCCAUUGGUCCGGAUGACUUGAUGGCUAUAGAGAGUGCGCGCAACUCCCUGCAGGGUGAACACCCGAUUCAUAGUGCCAGGCGGAGGGCCGCAACAGCAACAGCCACAGCCAGCAGGAUAAACAGCACCAGAAGUAGAGACUUGGGGGAUAUAGUCUGUGGGCUCUCUCCGAGGCCUGCGAGCUCUCAUGCUCGAGGCAGUGAGGUCCCCGGCGACGAGGAUCCGGAAGACAUAGGCCGCGCCAUUACCAGUGACCAACGAGCACUGCGUCGCAGAUCCAGGAGUUUGUCGCAGCUGCAAAAUCUCGCACUAGACGUGCCUGAGGCCCGGAAUCGCAGCGAUGAAAUACGAUACUGGAGGGAGAGCUAUGACCCGGCCUUCGUAUCGCCCACAUCGUCAAAUGUCCCCGAUGACACCGCGUUUGUGAACGCCGAUGCUCCAGAGUUCGUAGCUGAUUCGCCAGCGGGACUGUCACCCAAGACGCCGCCCCAGCCGUUCAACUUCGGAACCAUGAUGGGGAUGAAAAUUACGCAGGCCGCGAGCCUAGAAGAACGAAUAGUGACGCUAGAGACUCGCAACGAGAAACUGGAAAGAUUACUUGCGCAGCUUUUCCAAGUUAUUCCCGGGGUCAGCGCCUACUCAGGGACGCCGGAGCGGGAAGCUCGACCAGAGCCAGAAGGCCUGUCUGCUACGUAUGCUGCGGGCUCUGCUGCUCCAAAUCUGACGUCAUAUCAGACGAUAACGAACGAUAUGCGCUCGACGUCGCGCCACGGUAGUAGUUCUCGACACUCCAACGAAUCUUUUGGCGAUGGGCACACCUUCAUCGACUCCGUCGCCCCUUCCACAGCGCGUGCCAACCGCCCUAAAUCCAACACCACCGUUCGUGCCGCAACCAGUCUUCCCACGUUAUCAAGAGAAGCUUCAGGUCCGUUUAGUGCGGACCACUACACGGCACUUCUCGCCCUCAUUGAAACGGAGCGCGUAGCGCGCCAGUCAUUAGAAGCGCAAGUCACAAAGCUUAGCCACAGGCUCAGCCUGAUGUCCCGCGCUCUGCAGAAAUACGAGGGCCACACAAGCCAUGUCAGUGGCACAUACUCGUACGAGUCGGAAGCAUUCAAAACCCCAAGGGAGGAACAGCCGCAGCACGGUUUCGGUGCAUUUGGCGAAGAACUCGUAGAUGACGAUUCGGACGGCAAGCGCAAGAAGGCGGCCCGAACGUUGUCGUUGAGUCAACUCACACUCGGCAAGCCCAAGUCCAAGACGAAGACGGAAGUCGGAGUGAACUUAUGACUAUAUGGACUUCAGUCCGAAAGUCUGGCAGAUUGAGCCGGCCCUGCUUGCGCUGGCUUAUCGCAUCUCACUUACACACUUAUAUAUCCCUACCCUAAUUCUCAGCUGGAUUUACUCGACCCGGUGUUUAGAGAGCACAGCAUGGCGUUGAUUCGGACGAAUGUACGAUGA